AGUCAAGAUUUCUAAAAAUGAAAGUCUUACAAUUUUUGUUUUUAAAUUUUGUGUUACAAAGUUUUACUUGUUUAACAAUCAUGGAUGGUUUAUUUCGAGAAAUACAAGAAAUUUUAAAUAUGAAGCGCGACAAAAUAACGCGGUUGCAGAAUAGUUUAAAUGAACAAAAUAUGAGCUUAGAACUUUCUUCUAAACCAGGUAAAAUUAACUUAAUGAAUAAAUCCACUGAAAACGGCAUUUUACAACAAACAACGUUAGGUUUUGGUUCUUAUCAAAAUCUCUCGAAUGUAUCUCUAGUGCGUAACAUUUCAAGCAAUAGGUCAAAUGUUACUACUCAUAAAAUCUCUGCUGAGGUAGUGAAAAGUAAUGCAAAUAUAAUCGAUCGUGAAGAUAAAUUUGACGAAAGUUCGGCAAGUUACCUUGGUAAUGAAAUUGAAGGUAGUGGCAAACAAGACUAUUUCUCUUUUUUAAAAGGAAAUCCUAAUAAAAGUAUUGAUUCUUAUGAUCAUCAUUCGAUUGGCACUCACAAUAAUAUAUCAGCAAUUUUAAACCACGAGUCGAGUUCUGGAGAAUCAAAUGAGGUGGGAUUGAGUUCAGGAGAAGAAAACAAGCAUGUUGUUAAUUCAACUAACUUGUAUGAAAAGAUAGAUAAACAUUACAAAAGCAACAUAGUGCGUGACAAACGUUUUAAUGAAAAAGUUUUUUCUCGUCGAGAACAAAAAACUACUGGUUGGUCGGCAAAACGUAUAGAUAUAGAUGACACUCGUUAUACAAGUUUGUGCAACCAUGGUGACUGUUAUCAAGACAAAGAGAACGAAAAUGAUCAAAAUUUAUACAAUGACUUCAAUACUGAAAAUCAGACGCCAUAUUAUCAUUACACAAAGUUUCAUCACUUAAAAGUUAAACUAAAAGGACCAGGCAAAACUCACGAGGAAUGGAUAAAACAAGAAGAACGUGAUCAACGACUAAAUCGCAAUAGUUAUGAUCAUCUUAGUAAUGGCAUCAACUAUGAUAAUGUUAAGGACAUAUUUGUAUGAUAUUUUUUAUGAGUUAUUUUUAUUUAUAAUAACUUAUAAAAGUUUUUUGUAUAUUUUAGAUAUAUUAUCAUAUUUUCAUUUAUAU